AUGUCGCCCAAGAUCGAGGACUCCGCGCUCACGCACAUGGCCCGAAAGACUGACGACAACCCACAAAUGUUGUAUGAAGACGUCGACGAACAAGAAUUUCAAGCCAAAGCAUCGAAAUAUCUCCUCAACUACGGCACUCAAUUCAACAGAGAUGUGAUCUGUGCAAGCAAAGGGCUGUAUGUAUACACAGCCUCGGGACAUAAAGUGCUCGACUUCACAUCAGGGCAAAUGUCCUGUCUACUCGGUCACGGCCACCCAGAAAUUGUCCAGACAAUUGCCGACCACGCAGUUUCCCUAGAUCACCUGUUUUCAGGCAUGGUAUCACCCCCUGUCAUCAAUCUAGGCGAACGACUGUGCAAUCUGCUGCCCGCCGGCCUCGACAAAGCAUUCUUCCUAUCCACAGGCGGAGAAAGCAACGAAGCAGCCAUAAAAAUGGCAAAGGUAUACACAGGAAAAUUCGAGAUCGUCGGACUAGGCGCAAGUUGGCACGGCGUCACAGCCCAGGCCCUCGGCGCCCAAUAUCAUUUUGGUCGGAAGGGUCAAGGACCCCUGAUGCCAGGCAUGCUGAUGCUCCCACCCCCAAACGCCUACCGAUCCAUCUUCCGCCAUUCCGACGGCUCUUACGACUGGAAAGCCGAGCUGGACUACGGCUGGCGCAUGAUCGAUAUGCAAUCCUGCGGCUCGCUCGCAGCCUGUAUUGUGGAAUGCAUCCAGUCCUCCGGCGGCAUGCACGUCCUGCCAGUUGGCUACCUCGCCGCACUCAAGCACGAGUGCACAAAGCGCGGGAUGCUCCUGAUCGUCGACGAAGCACAGACCGGCGUCGGCCGAUGCGGCGAUCUCAUGGCGAUCAACCACGAAGGCGUCGUCCCGGACAUCCUGACCCUCAGCAAAACACUAGGCAACGGACUGCCUCUCAGCGCCGUCGUGUCUAGUGCUGAGAUCGGGCGCGUGUGCGCUGAGCGAGACUACUGCUUCUACACGACGCAUGUCAAUGAUCCGCUCCCCGCUGCUGUCGGCGAUAAAGUGCUUGAGAUUGUUAUGCGUGACGGGCUGGUCGAUCAUUCGCGUGCUAUGGGGGAGAUACUACACUCGCGCCUGAACGCGCUGAAAGAAAAGUACGGGUGUAUCGGGGAUGUUCGCGGACGUGGACUCAUGGCCGGUAUUGAAAUUGUUGAGAGUCGCGAGACGAAGACUCCUGCGCUAGCUUUGGGAAAGGCGAUCGGGAAUCGGGCUUAUGAUUUAGGCUUAUGGGCCAAUCUCAGUAGUCAUCCGAGCUUUGGAGGGGUUUUUCGUAUUGCGCCGCCAAUCACGAUUACUGAGGACCUGCUGCUGUCUGGCUUGCGGAUAUUGGAGGAAGCGUUCGCGUCUACCCCCGGUACUUUGGGCGUGUGA